AUGGCCCCCAACCCGCUGCGGGAGCUGCACACGCCCCGGAAGCCAGGGACAGAGAUUCGUCCCCUCUUCCUGGUGGCUGUGACAGGACCUGCUCCGGUCUGGCCGGGCGCCGGGCCGUCCGUGCGGCUACACACGGGGCAGCCGGCACGAGGGAUUCGGGAGCCCUUUCCCGUAGGCGCGGCGCCCUCCCGCGCUCGCCCCGCCCACGCCCGAGGCUCCCGACGCUUCCCGGAGGGGGGUUGCCGCGUCCGAGCGCUCCGGGAACCCCACGGCGGCGCCGCCGGGAGGAGCCCCGCGUGUCCCCGCGCGCGCCCGGCUACGAGUCCGCGGUCUGCGCAGGGAGCCUCGGGAAGAGGCUGUCGCCGCGCCGGCCGCGCCCGCCCCGUCCGCGCGGGGUCUGCACCAGCCGGGACACCGGCCAUGGACGCCCACCCGCUCUUGCCGCCCCGGGCGCCGCCGUCGCGGCCACUGCUGUUGCUGUUGCUGCCGCUGCUGCUGCCAGUGGCCAGCACCUCGGAGGCCGAGCACCGUCUAUUUGAGCAUCUGUUUGAAGAUUACAAUGAAAUCAUCCGGCCUGUGGCCAAUGUGUCCGACCCAGUCAUCAUCCAGUUUGAGGUGUCCAUGUCUCAGCUUGUGAAGGUGGAUGAAGUAAACCAGAUCAUAGAGACAAACCUCUGGCUCAAGCAAAUCUGGAAUGACUACAAGCUGAAGUGGGACCCCUCUCACUAUGACGGGGCAGAGUUCAUGCGUGUGCCUGCGCAGAAGAUCUGGAAGCCAGACAUUGUGCUGUAUAACAAUGCUGUUGGGGAUUUCCAGGUGGACGACAAGACUAAAGCCUUACUCAAGUACACAGGGGAAGUGACUUGGAUCCCUCCAGCCAUCUUUAAGAGCUCGUGCAAAAUCGAUGUGACCUACUUCCCGUUUGAUUACCAAAACUGCACCAUGAAGUUUGGUUCCUGGUCCUACGACAAAGCGAAAAUCGACCUGGUCCUGAUCGGCUCCUCCAUGAACCUCAAGGACUACUGGGAGAGUGGCGAGUGGGCCAUCAUCAAAGCCCCUGGCUACAAACAUGACAUCAAGUACAACUGCUGUGAGGAGAUCUACCCGGACAUCACGUACUCACUGUACAUCCGGCGCCUGCCCUUGUUCUACACCAUCAACCUCAUCAUCCCCUGCCUGCUCAUCUCCUUCCUCACCGUGCUCGUCUUCUACCUGCCCUCCGACUGCGGCGAGAAGGUGACCCUCUGCAUUUCUGUCCUCCUGUCUUUGACCGUGUUUCUCCUGGUGAUCACCGAGACCAUCCCAUCCACCUCGCUCGUCAUCCCCUUGAUUGGCGAGUACCUCCUUUUCACCAUGAUCUUCGUGACCUUGUCCAUCGUCAUCACCGUCUUUGUGCUCAACGUGCACUACAGAACCCCGACCACCCACACGAUGCCCAUGUGGGUAAAGACCAUAUUCUUGAACUUGCUCCCUCGGGUCAUGUUCAUGACCAGGCCGGCAAGCAAUGAGGGAAACCCUCAGAAGCCAAGGCCCUCCUACGGUGCUGAGCUCUCAAGUCUGAAUUGCUUCAGCCGUGUAGAGUCCAAAGGCUGCAAGGAAGGCUACCCCUGCCAGGAUGGGAUGUGUGGUUAUUGCCACCACCGCAGGAUAAAAAUCUCAAAUUUCAGUGCCAACCUCACGAGAAGCUCCAGUUCUGAAUCCGUUGAUGCUGUGCUGUCUCUCUCUGCUUUGUCACCAGAAGUCAAAGAAGCGAUCCAAAGUGUCAAGUAUAUUGCUGAAAAUAUGAAAGCACAAAAUGAAGCCAAAGAGAUUCAAGACGAUUGGAAGUAUGUCGCCAUGGUGAUUGAUCGUAUUUUUCUGUGGGUUUUCAUCCUGGUGUGCAUUUUAGGGACAGCAGGAUUGUUUCUGCAACCCCUCAUGGCCAGGGAUGAUGCCUAA